AUGAGUGGAGACCCUUUGAGGCACAACCAAAGCCUUCAUUGCCAAUACCACCAAGAGAGGGGACAUACCAUCGAGGACUGUAGAACACUGUGGAACCAUCUAGAGCAACUGGUUAAAGAAGGGAAGUUGCAACAAUUUCUGUACUGGCCCAACGGACCAGGGGACCAAUCAAGGUCAGGGGCUCAAGAGAAUACUCCUUCAAGGCCCCGAUUAGGUACCAUCAAUGUCAUUUUUGCUGCGCCUAGGAGAACUGGCUCUCACCCUUCCAGAGUAAUGUCUAUAGCUAGGCUACUAGCCGAGGACUCUCACUCCAAGCCAAAGAGAGCCAAGAUGGAGGUCCAACCAUCGCUAUGUUUCUCGGACAAAGACAAGAUUGGAACCAUCCAGCCACAUGACGAUGCUUUGGUGGUUACCCUUAGAAUAGUGGGGUAUGAUGUGAAGAGAGUAAUGGUAGACCAGGGCAGUUGUGUAAAAGUCAUGUACCCUGACUUGUACAAGGGGCUGAACUUAAAACCCGAAGAUCUAACAAUCUAUGACUCACCUUUGGCUGUCUCAGAGUUGGUGGAAGUAGACUUCAUUAUGGUAGACGCAUACUCCCCCUACACAGCCAUUAUGGCUAGACCAUGGCUCCAUACCCUAGGAGCUGUUUCUUCGACUCUAUAUCAGAAGGUGAAGUAUCUGUCAAGAGACCGGAUUGAAGAGCUAGUAGGGGAUCAAUCCAUGGCUAGGCAAUGCCUUGUGUCUACAAUUUCACAUCAGCCAGCAGCUGAGUCCUCAGCCUCUAUUGAGGGUGGCUUAUAA